AUGACACAUCGUGUAGCAAUUGUUGGAGGAGGGGCUUCAGGUCUGGCCUCUAUUAAGUGCUGUCUGGAUGAGGGGCUGGAGCCUGUCUGCUUUGAAAGCAGCAAUGACAUUGGUGGUCUGUGGAGGUUUAAGGAGAAUCCAGAGCCAGACAGGGCCAGCAUCUACCACUCUGUCAAAAUCAACUCUUCCAAGGAGAUGAUGCGUUUCAGUGAUUUUCCCAUCCCUGCACACUUCCCAAACUUCAUGCACAACUCCCUCAUCAUGGACUACUUUCGGCUGUAUGCUGGCCACUUCCAGCUCACCAAGCACAUACGCUUUAAUACCAAAGUCUUGCAGGUGAAGCAGAAAUCAGAUUUUUCUCAUUCAGGCGAGUGGGUUGUUGAAACUGAGAACAAGGAUGGCAAGAAAGAGAAACACAUUUUUGAAGCUGUGAUGAUCUGUAUUGGACAUCACUGCUACCCCAACAUGCCUCUUCAUGACUUUCCAGGCAUUGAAACUUUCACGGGGAAGUAUUUCCACAGCAGAGACUACAAGACUCCCGAGGAGUGGAGGAAUAAAAAGGUCAUGGUGAUUGAAAUUGGAAACUCUGGAGGAGACAUAGCAGUGGAACUGAGUAGAGUCACCAAGCAGGUUGGGGUGUUCAGCCAAUAUCCAACAUUAAAUAAUGAGCUUCCCAACCACAUCCUCUCUGGAACUGUUCAGGUCAAACCCAAUAUCCGCAGAUUUCAAGGUUCCAGUGUGGAGUUUGAUGAUGGCAGUGUAGUGGAAGAUGUUGACCUGGUGGUAGGUGUUACCGGUUACCGGUUUUCCUUUCCAUUCCUGGCUUCACAGGUGGUCUCAGUGUCUAACAACAAAGCAUCUCUGUACAAAUAUGUGUUUCCUCCUGAGCUCGAACACCCCACGCUGGCUAUCAUUGGUCUAGUGCAGCCAUUGGGAUCUAUUAUGCCCAUCUCCGAGUUGCAGGCCAGGUGGGCUACACGUGUCUUUAAAGGUUAG